AUGUACAAGACCGCACCUAUGGAGAAACAACUCCUGUGCAAGAUCCAAAUAUCUUUCGUCCCGCAAUAUAUCAAUACCAAAAAAUCGCCCAGUUUCUCAAGCGCUCAUAUAGAGAUGCGGCCCUUGUCCUACUUCCUACCAUUUAGCAACAAGCCAAAUUUCAAUCCAUUGACCGACAUUCCAGACUUGAGCCGACGGGUUUGCCUUGUCACAGGUGGUAACUCUGGUCUUGGAGAGGCUACCCUUGCCGCACUGGCCCAACACAACCCACAAAAGCUCUAUCUCGGGGCACGAUCACGCCCAAGAGCAGAGGCAGCGGUCGCUCGCAUCAGGGCAACGUUAAAAGCGGCCGAGAAAGCCAACAUAGAGAUUCUGGACCUUGACCUGUCGAGUUUCGAGUCAGUGAAGGCUGCUGCGGCCAAAGUGAACCUUGAGGCCGAACGCCUAGAUGUGCUUCAGCUAAAUGCUGGCAUCGGUCUUGUGCCGUACGCCACAUCGACGGAUGGCUACGAAACGCAGUUCGCGACAAACUAUCUUGGUCACGCUUUAUUGACGCAGCUUCUCCUGCCCAAGCUGCUGCAGACUGCGGCGCGUCCCGACUCCGACGUCCGAGUCGUGGCUGUAUCUUCAGCCCUGCACAGCCGUGCAGCGCCAGAGGGCAUCCUAUUUGAUGAGCUAAAAACGUCAAUGGCGAACCGUGACGGUGUGACGCUCUAUGCACAGGCCGCUCUCGCCAAGACGCUCUUCGCACAUGAGCUGGCCAAGAGAUAUCCGCAAAUCAAGUCAGUAUCGCUCCAGCCAGGUGGUGUUAGGACCGGCAUAUGGGAUGGAGAAAAGGUAGUGCACUGGCUUCCAUGGUAUUUCGUCGUCAGACCCAUUGUCUGGUUGACGGGAGUGUCGAGCGAGGAGGGUGCCAAGACACAGCUUUGGUGCAGCUUCAGUGAAGACGUCGAGAGCGGCCGGUACUACCAGCCUAUAGGUCAACCUGGUGAGGAGGGGAAACUCACGCGCGACAAUGCGCUGGCGGCAAAGCUUUGGGAUUGGACAACAGGGGUUCUACAGGGAUCGGGUUCCCAAUGGCCAUAA